UGGGCGUGUUGGCAGUUUGUGUUGUGAGAAGCCCUCGCUGCCUGUUGCAAUGCCUGUGACUUUGGGCACAACUAGGGCCCCCCUCCCUAACUCAGGAGCCCUUGCCCCCAGGCCCAGUGCACAAUUACUUUAAGUUCCCAGCACUGGGGAAAGUUCUGGCAAGUUUGGCUGAUGGCCAGCGUGAAUUGCAAAACUGCCGUCUCCCUGUUCAAGCGGACUCUGUCUCUGGGCCCAGCUCAGAAGCCUUGUGGCCAGCGCUCACUGCUGACUGCCAGCCGACUACAGGAGAGGGGUCUGAAGGAGGGCCGCACGGUGCAGAUAUGCUUUGCCCCCCAGAGUCAGGCAGUGUGCAGGAUUCAUCCCGUCUAUUUCCUCCAACAGGACUCCAUGAGCGACAGCCUGCAGACCUGCUACCGAUACCUCAAUGAGACCAGCAGGAGUUUCGCCGCUGUCAUACAAGCGCUGGACGGGGAGUUGCGGCACGCGGUGUGUAUAUUCUACCUGGUGCUGAGGGCUCUGGAUACAGUGGAGGACGACAUGACCAUCGCUCUGGAGACAAAGAUCCCCAUGUUGCACGACUUUCACACUUACCUGUACCAGGCCGACUGGAGGUAUAUGGGCAGUAAAGAGAAGGACAAGCAGGUGCUGGAGGAUUUCCCCACGAUUUCCCUGGAGUUCAGGAAACUGGAAGCGAUUUACCAGGAAGUCAUUGCAGAUAUCUGUCACAAGAUGGGAGUCGGAAUGUCUGAAUAUUUGGAGAAGAAGGUUGAGACCCUGCAGGAGUGGGACCAGUACUGUCACUACGUCGCUGGCCUUGUCGGCAUCGGAUUGUCUCGUCUGUUUUCUGCCUCCGAACUGGAAGAUCCCAUCGUGGGCCUGGAUACAAAGCUCUCAAAUUCCAUGGGACUUUUCCUACAGAAAACCAACAUCAUCCGAGACUACCUGGAGGACCAGAUGGAAGGCCGAGAGUUCUGGCCCAAAGAGGUUUGGGGCAAGUAUGGGAAGAAGCUGUCAGACCUGGCCAACCCGGAGCAGAUAGUCCCAGCGGUGCAUUGUAUGAAUGAACUAAUAACCAACGCUCUCCAUCACGUCCCCGACGUCCUCACUUACCUUUCCCGACUAAAGAACCAGAGCGUCUUCAACUUCUGCUCAAUUCCACAGGUGAUGGCUAUUGCCACCUUGGCCGCAUGUUACAACAACCAGCAAGUGUUUAAAGGGGUGGUAAAGAUCCGCAAGGGGCAGGCGGUGACCCUAAUGAUGGAUGCUACCAAUAUAGAGGCGGUGAGAGCCAUCAUGUACCAGUAUGUAGAGGAGAUCUACCAGAAAAUCCCCCUGACAGACCCCUCGUCCGGCCGCACCCAACACAUCGUCACUUCCGUUAGGAAUUUAAGUUUGUCCGACGCCUCGUUGGCUUCCCGGAACCAUUUCUCCCCCAUCUACUUGUCAUGCGUCAUGCUAUUGGCUGCCAUCAGUUGGCAGUAUCUCAGCACCGUGUCUCAGGUAUCGGAGGAGGUUCAUAGCAAGUGACUGUCGUGGGUUACGGAGGGACAUGGCUCCUCCCCCGGAUGCCGGGCUCCGUCUCUACAGCAUUGGCAUCCCUAGGUCUGGUGCAAGCACAAAGGGAACGUCCAACCCCCCAGAUGUACUUUAUUUACCCAAAGGAUCAUGGGAUUGAAUCAAUCAGAUCCCAGUGAUGGAAACUUUGGCUCACGAUUGGGAAAAACAUGACGGCACAUAAUGCACCUUUAUCCAGAGUCGGUCGCUGAGCAGACGCCAUACAUACCCCAAAGGACGAGUUUUACGUUUUCUGAUUUUAUUGGCUAUUUUUCAAAACCACGGACAGCUCUGAUUGGCUCUCCCAGCUCAAUAUGUGGACACCCGCCUAGGUACUGCCUGCCAUCGGGAAGUCGCUGGUGGUUUUGGACAGGCCUGAGAGAGAGACAAGAGGCAGUUUGAUUUUUCAGGUUCUAAGAUGAAUCUUUGUGCUCGUCAAUAUCUUGUGGAUUGUUACACGUCUGCAAAUAUUAGGGAUGCACAGAAUCCAGGAUUCGGUUCGGGAUUCGGCUUUUUUCAGCAGGAUUCGGCAGAAUCCUCGUGCCUGGCUGAACCGAAUCCUA